AUGGAACAAAUGCUUGCGGCAUUAACUGAAACUAUGACACAACAGCAAAGACAACAACCUUUGCCCCCUCCACCUCCGUCGGCACAAGCCGAAGCAGAUAAUAAUGAUAUCAUGAACUUGACACAGAAAUUCAUGAAGAUGAAACCGCCGACAUUCCUUGGUGGAAUGGAACCGUUGAAAGCGGAGACGUGGGAUCGGAAAGUGUCAAAGUUUCAAGAACUUAAACAGGGAAGAACGUCUGUAGCUGAGUAUGAAGCCAAAUUCACUGAACUAGCACGAUUUGCUCCACAUAUGGUGGAUACUAAUUACAAGAAAGCACAAAAAUUUGAUGGUGGACUGGAUUUAGAAGUGUUUGAUCGGGUAGGCGUACUGAAAUUGCCUACUUAUGUGGAAGUUUUAGACAGAUCCUUAAUGGCGGAAGCCACCCUGGCCACUAUGAAACAAAGUAAAGCCCCAGCAACUACAACAACUGAUUGGAGAGGAAAAAUGUCUGGGUAUUGUUUUACAAGAGGCCGGUCUCAUGUGAGUAAGAAGCAGAAUACAGGGUCUACAAGCAGCUCGAGUCAGAGUAGUGGGCCUAUUCCGGUUUGUUCUGAUUGUGGAAGAAGGCAUAGGGGUGUGUGCUAUCGAGUAUUCGGUGCUUAUUUUCGAUGUGGCAAGACAGGUCAUGUAGUGAAAGAUUGCCCACUUGGGUCUGAGAAUACUAGCCGUCCUAUGGAGAGUUCAGCUGGGUUCGCUUCUACAGCCAAAACAAUUGCAAAGGCUAAUACUGGGAAAGAACCUCUGAGACAAGGUCGAGUGUUUGCCUUAGUGCCCGGUGACGUACAAAACACCGAUACUGUGGUGUCAGAUCACCUGGCAGCCUUGGAUAGCCAUGCCAGGGAAUCCUCGAUUUCUGUUUGUUGGGGCAUGGGGUACCUCGCGAUACAGGGUUUUGCUUGA